AUUCAUACUUUCUAAUUACAUAAAAAUAUACGCUACCCAAGUCACACAUUGAAGAAAAAAAAUAUGUCAAAGUUGAGUUUUCUCAAGAGAUAUGGCUUCAACCUCUCAAGAAAAAACACGAACACUCAAACAAACACCUCUAAUUAUGCAACUCGACAAAACUCGAUGAAAAACUCGAAAACAUUUCAAGCAAACAUGCAAGAAAUGAAGCAAGUAUUCGAGAAGUAUGAUCGAAAUCAAGAUGGAAAAAUCUCAAAGGAAGAAUACAAGGCCAUGAUAAGGGCAAUUAAUGGUAAGAACAAUGCAAUAAAUUCUGAUUUAGAAGCCACUAAGGCCUUCCAAGUAGUUGAUAAAGAUGGAGAUGGGUUUAUUGAUUUUAAUGAGUACAUGGAAUUGCAUAAUAAUAAGGUUAAAUCUAAUGAUAUUGAGAAUGCUUUUAGGGUUUUUGAUUGUGAUGGUGAUGGAAAAAUAAGUGCUAAGGAAUUGAUGGAAGUUUUAAGGAGGAUGGGCCAAAUUUAUAGCUUAGAUGCUUGUAAGAAGAUGAUUAAAGAGGUUGAUAGUAAUGGAGAUGGGAUGAUUAAUUCGGCUGAAUUUAUCACCAUGAUGACUACUAAUAUGAAAUUAGUUAAUUAAGUAUCAAUUGUAUGAGACGGUUUUUUUUGAGAUGUGCUUUAUAUAUGGGUUGAAUAGCUCAAUUAAUAGAAAUUAUUAGCAUAUAGACUCCUUGUUAUAAGAUCGUAUCAUCGAGAGACGCUUAAGAGUAUCUCCUUAACUACUAUGUCAUUAUACCAUGUUAUUUUUACUUUGUUUGACCAUGCUAUAAUCUAUAGCUAGAUGGCAUGUUGUUGAGGGCAUGAUAACUACUUUAUAUGCUCUUUUUGAGAUUGUUAACUUUCUUUUUCAUUAUUCUCUUACAAUAAUAAAAAAAUAUAAAGAAAGCAAUUGAUCCUUUUUUAUUGCAAUGAGACAGAGAGUUAGACAGAGUAGAAUUCAUGAAUUGAGAUACCGUUGUGUUUUUCUAAAAACAAUGUAGGCUUUUUGGCUUGCACAUGUUAAGCUAUCAAAAAUUCCGUAUGUUCAAUGGGUUUGCCCAAAGUAUAAA